CCUCUCUGUAGCCUGAAGCUAAUGUUACAUUCUGACAUGGCUAAUUCAUGUCAGAAUGUAGCAACAACUUUUUGCCCAGUCUGUUACCUACUACACGUGUGACAAACGGUUAUCACUUUUCUGAUAGAUAUCAGAACUUUUAGGUGAUUUCUCCUCGACGAAGGCUAAAAAUAACCAACUUUCUAAAUUAGACUGUGGCUGAGCAGGCAUAGCUAAUGUUAGCUAAGGCUAGCAGCUGCUGGGUUCUGUAAAAGGAGCUUCCAGUUCGGGUAGAGAUAUGGCAGAGGCAGUUGCAAAUGUGGCCCGCAGGAUUAAUGCAACCGUAGAAGAUGGGAAAGAUAGUUUGGAUUUGUCAAACUGCAAGCUAAUUUCUUUCCCAGAUGGUGUGUUCAAGGUUCUGAGGAGUGUCUCAGAAAACAUCCACGUUGUCACAUUGGCUGACAAUGAGAUGAAGUCCAUUUCUAGUAAAUUCUUUUCAACCUUCACCCAGCUAAGAGAGCUGGACCUGCGAGGCAAUGUUCUCACCAAACUGCCGGACAUUGUGGGAGAAAUGGAGCAUUUGAUUAGCAUCAGUCUGGCUAAUAACAGCUUCACCGUCUUCCCAGACAAGCUCACUGAGAUAGCCACACUGGAGAGGAUUGACCUGGAGGGAAAUACCAUCACUGAAAUUCCAGUGGAGAAGCUGUCUGCCAUGCCAGCACUGAAGUGGCUUAACGUGAAGUCUAACCCCUUGGACUCAAACACUCAGUCUGCUCUGCAGUCUCCCCACCAGUUUGAAGUUCUGUCCACGACAGAGUCCUAAAUAGUGCUAUAUCUGAUGUGUUCACCACUCAAUGACUGCAUGCAGUGUGCCUUUGACUCCUUCAGUUUGAUGCUUGGAAACACAAUACUUGAAUAUAACCUUGAUGCUGUAUAUGAAAAAUGAAUUACAGGUGUGUAAGAAUGGCA